AUGCUGGAAGUCUUUCUGACCCUCUUCGCGACUGCGGCCAUCUUUUGCUAUCGGCGUGUUAGGGCCAAUGCCGCUCCGGGUAUCCUGGUACUGCGGCCCUUUGUGUCGCCUCUCAGCACCCUCGGCUUCAUGUUCCGCAAUCAUGACGUCCUCAAUCCGGGAGGACGCUGGAGUUGGAGAGCGCGCCAAUCUGCGUAUGGAGACUAUCAAAAUGAUAUGGUUGCCUUUGUCCCUUUCAUACCGUACUCCCGCGCUGGCGAAUACCACAUCUCGUCGCUAGAGGUUAUGAAGCAGGUUUGGGGAAACGACAGUCAUGCUCAACAUGUCAAACCUCCCGACUUGAGUCUUGUACGGUUGUUCGGCAUCAGCGUCGCCAGCGGUGGAGGCGAGUCGUGGCGCCGUCACCGGCGCCUUGUAGCCCCGACGAUCAAUAACACCACUGUUCGAACCGUCUGGUAUGCCACUAGACGCGUUAUCAGAGAGAUGUUCUCAGAAGAGAAAUGGGACGAACGUGAUCAAGUGACUGUCCAUGACGUUCACCCUCCCAUUCUCAAAUUGACUCUGGCGACUCUGUGUGAAGCCCUUUUCGGCGUCAGGGCAUCGUGGUCGUCUUCUAUGGACGAUAGCUAUCAAUUCAAGGAAUCUUUGCGGGUCGUGUCCGAGUCACUUGUACCCCGUCUCAUCCUUUCUAGUUGGAUCUAUGGAUGGACUUCAAAACUCCGUGCCAUCGAUCAAGCUUGGACAGACGUGAUAUCCUAUGUCUCGGGAUCAAUUCAACAUGCGAAGGUGGCGCAAGAGGGCACCGAGGUCGACAGGAAGACAAACAUACUGGAGCAGCUUACAGCAUCCGCCUUUGGUUCUUCAUCAAAAUAUACUCUGACAGACCGCGAGGCAAUUGCGAAUGUCUUCACCCUCCUCUUCGCGGGACACGAAACCGUCGCCUCGACACUGCUUACUGUGUUGAUGUAUCUCGCGAUACAUCAGGAUGAACAGCUGAAGGCCGUAAAGGAGAUACAGGAUGUGCUUCACCAAGACGUGCCGGAGGACGCGGAAUUUGAAGGUCAUGGCCGUCUCGUCCAUACGCUGCAUUGCUUCUGGGAGGCACAGCGUCUUCUGCCUACUGCUUUCUUCAUGCCGCGCGAGAUGACUCAGGACUUGGUCGUUCACGUCACUCGUCCAGAGCCCACGACAGUCGUGCUCCAGAAGGGCGACAUAGUCAUCGCCGACCUGGUGGCCAUCUUCAGAAACCCGCACGUAUACGAGGACCCCGAGGCGUUCCGCCCAUCGCGCUGGGACGGCGUAUCAGAACACGAGUUUCCUGGGUUCGGUUACGGGCCGCGGAUCUGCGUUGGGCGCAAGCUCGCUCAGACCACUGGUCUAGCCGUACUUGCGACUAUCUUGCAAACCUGGAAGAUUGAACCGCUUCUCGGGGAUGGAGAGAGCUUUGACCAGUAUGCGGAGCGUGUGACGCGACAAAUCGCUUUUGUCGGGACGUCGUGGGUGUUUAAGGAUGCUCCUCUCACGUUCACGAAGCGCGCGUCUACAGGGUGA